ACAUUAAUCCUGUAAAAAAUUAUAAUAGAAAAAUAUUUUCAAGUGACCAUGAACUCCAGUCCUUGGUCUGCAUAUAGUCAGCAUUAUUCUCGUUUGGUUGGUUCAGGUAAUCCUGCUGCUAGUUCUUUAACACAGGGUUCUUCUUUAAAUGAAUUAACUCUAUCUGCUUCUCUUCCACGUCAAGAACAUAUGGGAGGAUAUGGCACUACUGCUAAUGCACAUCAUUUGUUACUUUCAUCUCAUCCGGGUAUUAAUCCUCCUCAAACUACUAAUCGUACAGAUGGCUCUUUUAAUACAGCUGGUCUGUUUGGUACUAAUUAUGAUUCCAGUGUUUUCUGUACACCAUUUCAGUCAUCAGCUAAAAAUCACUUAUCUUCAUUUUCUCAAGGAAGCAACUUUUAUAAAUCAGUUAACAGAGAAAAUGAUUUUAGUGAUCUCAGGGGAGGAUUUAUGCACUGUAAUGUUGCUUCAAAUCCAAUGAAUCCAGAUGGAAGUGCUGCAUUACCUACAGGAUCAGGAUUAAGUUCUUCUGUAUUAUUUAAUUCACCUAUGGCUUCUGGUACAUGGCGGCACUCGGCUGUAAUGCCAUCUUCUUGUGGGCCAUUUGGCAUUUUACCUCAUGAAGCAAUUAUGUCUCGUAAUCAUUUAGUUGAAAGAGGAACUGAUAAAAUUGUUUCACAAAGUCCUAAAAGUUCUAGAACAUCCCUUACGGCAGCAUCAUUUUUAGAACAAGAUCUAAAUAGUGGAUACCGAAGUGUAUUACCUUCUCCAAGUCGUCCUCCUUCCUCUUUUUUAGAUACAGGUGGUGGUUCUCAUCCAAUGUUAACUCCACAAACUGAUCCUUAUUUGACAUCUGUAAAUGAAUCUUAUUUUUCCUCGACAUCUAAAUCUAAUUUUCAAGCAUAUAGUACCUUUGGAGCAAAUUUACAUAAUUCGGUUUCACGAAGUUCUUCGGUGUCUUCAUAUUUUUAUCCACAGACAUAUACUUCAUUUGGUGCUUCAGUAGACAAAGUAGAUUCCCCUGUAUCUCAAAGUACUUCUACAACAUCUAAUACAAAUUUAGUGCCAAAUACAGGUGUCAUUGUUAACUCUAUGCAAAUGCAGAAUGGACAAGGCCUCAGACAAUCUGUGAUUAGCAAGAGUACCAGUAAUUCAAAUAUCAUUCAUCCACAAAAUAGUAAUACAUACGGACAAAAUUUAUAUUAUUUUGGAAACAUUUCACAAGAAGAUUCUCCCAUUUCUCGAUCUCUUACAAACACUACACAGUCUACUUCCACACAAGGAUUUGGAAAUAUUUCUUCUAGUCAUCAAUCAUUAGCAGUAGGACAAAUAUCAUAUCCUCCAAUGAGCACACCUGCACCUGCAUCCACUCCAGCUAAUCCUCCACCUUCGGUGUCAGUCGGACAAGCAUACAUUCCAGGUGCAAUUGCAUCUAAUCAAGAACGAUUAUCUACAUCAUCAGUUACACCUUAUGGUGAUAUUUAUUCUUCCCCACCUACAAGUGCCACAACUUACAGUGCAUCUGGAACUCAUCCUUCAACUCCAGCAUCUCCUAGAAAAGCAGAAAAUUUACAGCAUACACCUCAAACUUGUUCUGUUGAUCACAGCAAUCUUGAUGUAGAUAGCAGUCAGUUUGUGGAUUCUGUUCAUUUAAGUUCACAGGAAGAUGAUGAUAAAUGCAUUGAAGAAAUUGUGACUACUUCACUACAGCCUAGCAUUAGGUCAUGCGAAAGUCAUCAAUCUGCUAAAUUAUUAGAAGAUGAUUUAUCAAUUGUUGAUUCUGAACUUAUACAUGCCGAAACCUCUGUUCAAGAACACAAGCCUUUGUCUAUGCUUCCCAUGUUACCAAUUCAUUCUGUUAAUAGUAAUCAAACGAAAACGAUUGAAAUGGAUUCUGUUUUUGAUAGUCAAAGCAUGCCAAUGAAUUUAUCCGUUUUGGAUACGAUUACACCAUCUCAAUCAGACAAUAGUUAUGUUCAUACUGCACAAUGCAAUUCCCUUCCCAUUUCUGAUGUUUAUGAUUUACCUGAAUCCUUAACUCCCCCACCUCCAGAUUCAAGAAAAAAUAAACCUAAAGGAAAAAGAGGGAGAAAAAAGGGUUCAUUGAAUAAUCGGUUAUUUACUUUUGGAGCAACCAAAUAUAAACCAUAUACAGAGACGUUAGUUUCUAUAAUGAAAUCAAAAGAUAUUAAACAAACAAGAAAUAGUUCUAAGAAAAAGGAUAUUCAGGAAGAAGUAAGAGAUAUUCAAAUGGAAAGCACAUUUACAGAAAGCAAUGUUUUAACUGCUGAACAGUCUGCUAAUAAUUCAGAGAUGACAAAUGAACAUUUGGUGAAUUUUAUUAAUUUCUCCAAUCCGGUUGUUUCAAAUUCAAAUUGGAAUUUUAACAAUCAAGAUAGUGAUAAUAAUGAAAAAAUUCCCGUUAUAAUUGAUAAAAAUAAAACAGACAAUAGUUCGGUAAAAAAUGAUGAUGAUUCUUGUCUUCAGAAUUCUAAAGAUGGUGCAAUGGAUGAUGAUUUGGGUUUCCUAACUGAAUUACAAGCUAACAAAGAUAAUGAGAAAGACAAUUCAUCAAAAUCCGAAGAGAAAAUUAGAACUGGCUUUUUACAAAGCUUUUUAAGUUUUCUUGAAGAGGACCCUGCACCAUCGAAUGAUCAGGACAAGAAGACUCCAUCAAAGAAACGAAUUAAGGGAAGACCUAAACAGUCUCCUUCAAAAUUAAGUUCUGCAUUAACUUCUAUAACUGAGCUUGAAAAAAUGGAUCAGAAGGAAUGGUUAAUAAAUGGAGAUGUUUGUAUGAAAAAGAAAGAUAGUGAUGAAGAUGGUGAGGAACAUUUUGAUGAAGCAUCUUCAUUGGAUACAAGUCUUUUCGGAAGUACGUUGCAAAAAGAAGUGAUUGUUCCAAAUCCUGAAGCACCUUCAUUUUCAUCAGAUGAAGAGGAUAAUUCUUGUCAAGGAUUGUCUGACACAGUUGCAAUGGCAAUUCGAAGAUUGUGUGAAGAUUGUGAACCAUUGGGACCAAACGAUAGUGAAGAAAUGCCUUUAAAAUCUAAAGAUGAUGAUCAAGAUGACAGAAAAGAUGAGACAGAUCAAAAAUCUAUUGGUGAAUGCUCAUUUAUCAAGAAUCAGUUGAAGGAUAAUGAAGCAGAACUGGAGGAAAGUAAUGAAAAAACAGAUGACAAAAUGUUGUCAAAUAAAGUUGUUAAACCAAAUAAAUCAAAAGAGACUCAAAUCUGUAAUGAUAUUAAAAAAGAUAAUGAUAUAGCUGACUCAGAAAAAGAAGAAAAGGAGGAUAAUGAAGUGUUAAAUGAUUCAAAUAUUCAUUUUAUAUCUAAGAAAUUAAGCAAAAAAUGUAAAACACAAUUAACUCAGAAGAAUCACAUUAAUCCUGUAAAAAGUAAGUUGCAUUUAUUUAAAGAAUAUUCUGUUGAUUUGCAUAGGUUCAGCAGUUUAUUUGAAAUAACAAUUUCUGAAAUAUUUUUAGACUUAAAUAUUUCAA